GACCUUACGACCGUCGUGGCCAGAGCUUUCGGCAUUUACAGCGGCCGCGCCGGUGUCGCCGUCGACGGCUCCCACGACUCCGCCCUGUCGCCUGCCAUCUUCAGCCUCGACGGGAGCCAGUUUUUCUCGAACUAUCGCCGAGGUUGUCGACGCGCUGGCAUGGGCAUUCGCAUUGCCAUGCUGAUGGAGCUGCUGCUGCACGCUUCCAGCCGCACCGACGGCAUUGUCAUGCACUUCGUCGUCCUGGACGUCGAGCCCGGCAUCACGACCUACCAGGGAGAAAAGCUCAUGGCACUCGCGGAGUCCAGCGGCGUGGAGCUUGCGACGCCCAGAAACCCCAUGUAUGUGGGCCACGCCCGGCCGGUCGCCAUCCUGAGUUCCGAAGUCGAUUGCCCCAUCGAGUAA